AUGAAUGAGUGGACGGUGCAGGGCAGCGUGACCCUGGGCCAUCAGCUUGUUCUCUCUGCGUCUCAGUUCGCUCAUUGGAUGGUAAACACUCUAAUUCUGCUGAUGCAACUUGGCAUGUGGCCCUUUGCCAGCCUCCUCUAUAAGUCUGUUGGCAGCAGUCAGUGUGGAAUCCAGCUUGCUGUUUAUUACAAAAAUCAGCUGAAGUUGGCACUUAUAGGCCAGAGUCUCUUUGGGCAAGAAGUCUAUAGCCACCUCCGGAAAGAAGGCCAUCGCAUAGUUGGAGUGUUCACAGUUCCAGACAAGGAUGGAAAAGCCGAUCCGUUAGCUUUGGCUGCAGAGAAAGAUGGAAUCCCAGUGUUCAAGUUUCCCAGAUGGAGAACCAAAAACAAGACCAUCAAAGAAGUCAUGGAAGCCUACAGAUCCGUGGGAGCUGAACUGAACGUCCUUCCAUUCUGCACACAGUUUAUUCCCAUGGAUGUUAUCGAUUGCCCGAAGCAUGGUUCUAUUAUUUAUCACCCAUCGAUCCUUCCCCGUCACCGAGGAGCUUCUGCUAUCAACUGGACAUUAAUUCAGGGAGAUAAGAAAGCUGGUUUUUCCAUCUUCUGGGCUGAUGAUGGUCUAGACACAGGGCCUCUUCUCCUUCAGAGGGAAUGUGAUGUGGAGCCCAAUGACACAGUAGAUGCCCUUUAUAAUAGAUUUCUAUUCCCAGAAGGAAUCAAGGCCAUGGUAGAAGCUGUCCAGCUCGUUGCUGAUGGCAAGGCUCCUCGUAUCCCUCAGUCAGAAGAAGGAGCCACAUACGAAGGCAUCCAGAAAAAAGAAAAUGCUAAGAUUUCUUGGGGCCAGCCCGCAGAAGCUUUGCACAACUGGAUUCGAGGCCAUGACAAAGUGCCCGGAGCUUGGGCAGAAAUAGACGACCAGGUGGUUACUUUCUAUGGCUCAUCGUUACUGGAUGGUUCUGUGCCACCUGGAGAACCCCUAACAAUCAAAGGUGCUGAGAAGCCUGGUCUUGUCACCAAAAAUGGGCUGGUUCUUUUUGGCAACGAUGGGAAAAUGCUAAUGGUGAGAAAUAUUCAAUUUGAAGAUGGAAGAAUGAUCCCUGCUUCUAAAUACUUCUCAACGGGGGAAACAUCUGUGGUAGAACUCACUGAUGAGGAGAAGAAAGUGGCCCAAGAAAUCAAGACUAUCUGGGCAGGAAUUCUCAGUAACGUUUCUGCCAUUGAGGACUCCACAGACUUCUUUAAAUCUGGGGCAAGCUCGAUGGAUGUUGUCAGGCUGGUUGAAGAGAUCCGCCAGAAAUGUGGUGGACUUCAGCUGCAGAAUGAGGACGUGUACAUGGCCACCAGGUUUGCAGACUUCAUUCAGAUGGUUGUGAGGAAGCUGCGGGGUGAGGAUCAAGAGGAAGAGCUGGUUGUGGACUAUGUUUCAAAAGACAUUAAUAAUAUGACGCUGAAAAUGCCUUAUCAAUGUUUCAUCAACGGGCAGUUUGUGGAUGCCGAAGAUGGACAGACCUACGACACCAUCAACCCGACUGAUGGAUCCACCAUAUGUAAAGUAUCUUACGCUUCAGUGGCUGAUGUUGACAAAGCAGUAGCGGCAGCUAAAGAUGCCUUUGAAAAUGGUGAAUGGGGAAGAAUGAACGCCAGAGACAGAGGGAGAUUAAUGUACAGACUUGCAGACUUGAUGGAAGAAAAUCAGGAAGAGCUGGCAACCAUCGAGAGCAUUGACUCGGGGGCUGUGUACACCUUGGCUCUGAAGACCCACGUCGGCAUGUCUGUGCAGACGUUCCGGUACUUUGCGGGCUGGUGUGACAAAAUCCAGGGUUCUACAAUCCCAAUUAACCAAGCCCGCCCAAACCGUAAUCUGACCUUCACCAAGAGAGAACCUCUAGGAGUCUGUGCAAUUAUCAUUCCCUGGAAUUAUCCCCUAAUGAUGCUGGCAUGGAAGAGCGCAGCAUGUCUGGCGGCAGGCAACACCUUGGUGCUCAAGCCAGCACUGGUUACACCUCUGACGGCCUUAAAGUUUGCAGAGCUCUCCGCCAAGGCUGGCUUUCCGAAGGGAGUGGUCAAUAUCAUUCCUGGCUCAGGUGGCUUAGCUGGACAGCACCUAUCCGAACACCCAGAUAUUCGCAAACUUGGCUUCACCGGUUCCACAGCAAUUGGCAAACAGAUCAUGAAGAGCUGUGCCGCGAGUAACUUGAAGAAAGUUUCCCUUGAACUUGGUGGUAAAUCGCCGCUGAUCAUAUUCAAUGACUGUGAACUUGACAAAGCUGUGAGAAUGGGCAUGGGAGCUGUGUUUUUCAACAAGGGAGAGAAUUGUAUUGCAGCAGGCCGUUUAUUUGUAGAAGAAUCCAUUCAUGAUGAAUUUGUGAAACGAGUGGUAGAAGAAAUAAAAAAGAUGAAAAUCGGCGACCCCCUGGACAGAUCCACGGAUCAUGGCCCCCAGAAUCACAAAGCCCACUUGGAAAAACUUCUACAAUACUGUGAAACGGGGGUGAAAGAAGGCGCCACUUUGGUAUAUGGAGGAAGACAAGUCCCCAGGCCUGGCUUUUUUAUGGAGCCAACUGUGUUUACAGAUGUUGAAGACCACAUGUACAUUGCCAAAGAGGAGUCUUUUGGGCCUGUUAUGGUUAUUUCUAAAUUUAAAAAUGGGGAUAUCGAUGGAGUGUUGCAACAAGCGAAUAAUACAGAGUAUGGCCUGGCUUCAGGGGUUUUCACAAGAGAUAUAAACAAAGCUAUGUAUGUGAGUGAAAAGCUGGAAGCAGGGACGGUCUUCAUUAAUACCUACAACAAGACUGAUGUGGCAGCCCCAUUUGGUGGUGUGAAACAGUCUGGUUUUGGCAAAGACUUGGGUGAAGAGGCUCUCCGUGAGUACCUGAAAACAAAGGCAGUCACUCUAGAAUAUUAGAUCACCUCGGACUCUAGAAUUCCUCUAGAGGCAUCUGCAUCACUGUUCUCCACGCAGCACUUGAUAGGACUCCUGGGAGUGCUCUUGGAACAAACAUUAUCAACCAGCAAAAAAAAAAAAGGCAAAUUUCCUAUGAUUCAAUUGCAUGGGUAUGAGUCUGAACAUUUGUGAAUAUUUUUACACUCGAUAACUAAU